AUGGACUCAAGUGCCAAGUGCCAAAGUCAUUUCCCAACGGAAAUUGAAACGGAAACUUCAGUGGGCACUAAAGGCGAUGAUGGCAAGCUAUUUGGCGCAUCCUUGACAGCAAAAGACAGCGAUGAUGUCUUUCCAUUGGCUGUAGAACUGCUGCAUGACCACAGCGAGAAAAUGAGGCAAUUUGCUGCCUCAGAUUGGUUUGACAAAAUUCUUGAAGGAUAUGGAAUUGGAAAGGAAAGAGAGGGAGAUGACGGCGAAGGUGGAGCGAUAAUGAGCCCUAAGGAUAAGGGUUAUGGUCAGAAUGAUGACGCUUCAAGGGGGAAAUUAGAGGUUAAUGAUGGCAAGGUCGCACCUGUGCCAACCUCAUCAAAUCGCCAUAUUCCUCCCACAACAAACACUCUGAUCCCUGAUCAGGAUCAAUCUUCCACAUUCACUCCAUUACCCAAACCAUUCCAAACAUCCAGAUCAACAGCGGUGAUGCCGAAUCCGCAAACAUUGGCUUGCCAGAUCAAUGGCAGCCUGCCCAUCUGCCCUUAUCCAAUCCUUAAAGAGAAAUCGACAUCGUACUUGAAGGGGAGGGCCAUGAAGGCCAAGGAUCUAUCAGAGGAUGAUCCUUCAGUGGGCGAAGAAACCAUGGAUGGAGCAAAAUUGACACACUGA